CGAACUACACAAUUUCCAGCGAGUGUUUUUACUCUCCACGAGUUUCUAAAUUGUUGGAAGCAGAUUCCACGUGUUUUAGAGCUAUAGUUGAACAAGGUAGCGUUUUAAAGGUAUAUUCGCUCCCAGUUUGGUGCACGCUGCAGCGUUUCACGUAAAAUGGGUCCGAGGAAAAAUAAAAAAAGAGCACCAAGUUUUCGGAAGCUGCUUAAAACAAGCAACAUCAAGAUUGAAAACAAGCUUAAAAAUCGUCAGUUUAAACAGCAGAGCACAGCAAAGAAGAACCGCAAAGAACAGAGGAAACUUAGAAUUGCACUAAAAGAUGCUUCGUCUAAAGUUCCUCUUCCCCUGGAGACUUACAAGAAGAGGCCAGAUGAAGAGGAGGAGGAAGAGUUUGAAGAGUCUUUACCUAUAGAUAUGAUUGAAGAAGAUGAUUUAGAACAGUUGAAGGCAAUGGCACAGAAAGCGUCCUUUCUUACAAGAGAUCUCUCCUCCAGUGAGCCAGUGCAUGCAAAUAAACGCAAGCGAGAAGAUGUGAUUGGUAAGUAUGAGAAGAUGCCAAGAAGGAUGCAGUUUGAAGAGGAAAAAGAAAUCAUUCAUCUUCUGCCAAUCAAGGAUAAAGCACGGAUAAUUCCGCAAACGAUGGAAAGGCCAGUCCUUAAGAAGGAGGAAGAAGAGGAGGAGGAGGAGAUACCUGUUGAUUCUGAAGAAGGUAAACAGCCGGAGCUUCCAGUUCUUACAACUGAAGAACUUCUAGUCAAAAGAAGACAAACAUUGCUGGAAAAGCAAAUGCACAUAGCAUCCCUUGCAUCAGCCAUUUUGUCUGAUCCUCCCAACAAUAUUAAGAAAAUGAAGGAGCUUCGAUCAAUGUUGGUAGAGAAUGUUCCAUAUGUGGCAGUUACUGUACGGAAGUUAGUGAUGCUUUCUCUAACUGAGGUUUUUAAAGAUAUUGUGCCAUCCUACAGAAUCAGGCCACUAACCGAAUCCGAAAAAGCAGCAAAGGUUAAAAAAGAAACACAAAAACUACGCGAGUUUGAAGAAGGCUUAAUUUGUCAGUAUAAGUUUUAUCUUGAGAAUUUGGAACAGAUAAUUAAAGACUGGAAGCAGAUGAAGAAAAAGAAAAGUGAUGUUGUUUCCUUAAAAUCUUACAAAGGUCUGGCUGAAGUUGCAGUAAAGUGUUUAUGUGAACUUCUUGUAUCCUUACCUCAUUUCAAUUUCCACAAUAAUAUAAUUGUGACGAUUGUACCCCUGAUGAAUGACAAUUCAAAACAGGUUUCAGCAAUGUGCUGUGAAUCAGUUAAGAAACUGUUUACACAGGACAAAGAAGGACAGGCCUCUUUAGGAAUGGUGAAAGUUAUUUCUGGCCUUGUUAAAAGUAGAAACUAUGAUGUCAGACCAGAGGUCUUAAAUACAUUACUAUGCUUGAGAAUAAAGGAAGUGCAAGUAAAGAGAGAUGCAGAUGAUAUUGCUCCAAAAAAGAAAUUUAUGACUUACAAAGAAAAACGAAAAAAUCUUUCAAGAAUGAAAAGAAAGUGGAAGAAAACUGAGGAAAGGCUUGAGAAAGAACUUUUAGAAGCUGAAGCAUCAGAAAGCAAGGACAAAAAACUCAAAUUGCAUACAGAAACACUGAAUAUUGUGUUUUUAACUUAUUUCCGGAUUUUAAAAAAGGCACAGAAAUCAACUCUGCUUCCUUCAGUUUUAGAAGGUCUUGCAAAAUUUGCUCACCUUAUUAAUUUGGAGUUCUUUGAUGACCUUCUGGUUGUUCUUCAGAAUCUAGUUGAAUCUGGGGAUCUUAGUUACAGGGAAAACCUUCAUUGUAUUCAGACUGCCUUUCAAGUUCUCUCCGGUCAAGGUGAUGUCCUCAACAUUGACCCCCUGAAGUUUUACACACAUCUCUACAGAACCCUGUUCAGGUUACACGCAGGGGAAUCCAAUGAUGACAUGAUAAUUGUUCUUCGAUGCAUAGAUGCUAUGCUUAACAAGCGACGGAAACAAGUGACACUGCAACGAGUUCUUGCUUUCAUUAAAAGACUGACAACUGUUGCUGCUCAUGUACUGCCAAAUUCAAGCAUUGGCAUCUUAGCGUCUCUCAGGGUAUUAAUGCAUACAUUCCCUAAAUCGGAUAUCCUUUUGGACAGCGAGUCCCAUGGUAGUGGUACAUAUUUGCCAGAACUGGAUGAGCCUGAAUAUUGUAAUCCACAAAAUACAGCUUUAUGGGAGUUGCAUGUUCUACAGAGACAUUACCACCCGGUGGUUAAGAAGUUUGCUGCCCAUCUGCUUGUAGGGGCUCCAAGUGAGGGCUCUGGUGCCCUUUCGACUGACCUUGGCCGAAGAGCAUUCACUGACCUGUUUGACGACUACUCGAUGAGUGGUAUGACAUUCAAUCCUCCUGUUUCUUCGCCUCCAUCAAAAAAGAAGGAUAAAUUUAUUGCUGGAGGUGGACUGUUUGACAGAACUUUGCAAGAAUUUGUGGACGGUUGCCUUGGAGCCACAGAUGAGACUUGCACUUUAGACUUUGCCACCCAUUUGAAAUGUUUCUCUGGAAAGAGGUGAAUGGCUUCAUGUGAAGUAAUCCAAAGCUGGACGGACUUGAUGGUUUUAUUAUUUAUGUAAUUUCCAUAAAAAAGCAACCGAUUUUUAAGA